CUCACACUGACCAUAAAGAGAAAAAAAAACACUACUUGAAGAAACAUCAAACACUACUUUUUACUCUCUCAACCAGCAGUGACUGACCAAGAAUGGAUAUUUUUCGAAGCUAUUAUUCGGACCCACUUACUGACUCAUCAUCAACAUCUGAUAACAGCGGCUCCCCUAGUAGAGCUAAUCUUACUGAAUAUUCGUCAGUUAUGUUAGCUUCAAACAACCCCAAGAAGCCAUCAGGGAGAAAGAAGUUUCAGGAAACUCGACAUUCAGUAUACAGGGGAGUCAGGAAGAGGAACUCUGGCAAGUGGGUUUGUGAAGUCAGAGAACCCAAUUCAAAAUCAAGGAUUUGGCUUGGCACACACCCAACAGUAGAAAUGGCGGCUAGAGCUCAUGACGUGGCGGCUUUAGCAUUAAGAGGUCGUUCUGCUUGCUUGAACUUUGCCGACUCUGCUUGGAGGUUGCCUAUCCCCGCUUCCGCCGACUCCAAGGAUAUUCAGAAGGCGGCUGCUGAGGCCGCCGAAGCCUUCCGACCAUUGGAAGGAAUUUCAGGAGAAUCUGGCAGUACUCCUGAAAUGUCUAAAAGUAUAGUUUCAGAAGAAUCUAGCAGUACUCCUGAAACGACUGAGAUUACGUUCUUUAUGAAUGAGGAAGCACCAGAGAGUAGGUUCUUUAUGGAUGAGGAAGCGCUCUUCUAUAUGCCUGGGUUAAUUACUAAUAUGGCGGAAGGACUAAUGCUACCUCCACCUCAAUGUUUAGAAAUAGAAGAUCAUGCGGAAGCUGAUGCAGAAAUGAUUGACAUGUCUUUAUGGAGCUAUUCUCUAUAAAUAACUAUGGCUUUUAAUACUUCUUUGACAGUUUAUAUGCACUGGAAAUGCUCAUUGUGAAGCUCCUUAAAUAAGGAUUUAAGAGUUAUUCCUCGUAUCGUACUCAAUAUUUGGACGGUACGGAUGUAAACAAGUUGUCGUUUUGAUAUAUAUUAAAAGAACUGAAAUUUCUAACUUUUUUAGCUUUUGGAGUAUCUAAAUUUUAAUGUUUUGAGCCGAUGUUAGCGAAGAUUAUGCAAGCUUUAAGUAUUGCGGAGUGCACCACCGUACCCUGUGCAUGCAUUCUCAUCAUUGGAACCAACUGAGUAGUUCUUUUGAAAGAA